CAGCAGGCAGAGACAGGAGAGAGAACGCGUGAGAAACCUGCUCGCAGAGAGAGGACACAGGGACAAUAAUCAUGUCAGCCUCCUGGAAGCAUCUCUUUUUACAGAUCCUCCUGCUUCUCGUCUCCUGCAGACACAUCAAUACAAAGACACCUGGUCCAACCCUCCCUCCACUGGUUCCAAUAAGCCCCCUGCCAACAGAUGUCAGAAGCGUCGUUCUUAAAGGUAAAAGUCACGUGGAGAAGGUUGAACUGUUGAACCCUGUCAAUCUGGCACUGGAGUGUACCUGGACAGGUGAUCAGAGCAAACUACCAAACAUAACUGGGUUCUGGAGAAAAGAUGGGGAUGAGGUUAACAACAGCCGUGUCACGGCACAGCUGGAGAACGAGCAGUAUAAUCUCAAACGAGUGUUCAGCAUUGUCAAUGAAGAAACCCUCGGGAAUUACACCUGCAUGUUUGGAAAUGAAGCCAAAAUAGACUUUGUUUUGGCAGCUCCAAAGAUCGGUGAGGUGAGAGAUAAGCCGAUAGUCGGCUACAUGGGGGACUUUACUGUGAUCACGUGUAAAAUGGAGGACACUAAGCCAAAGCCAAAUACCUGGAACUGGUAUAAAGCAAAUGGCACAGAGAAGGAGCAGAUCUUUGCAGAGCCUCACCGCUAUGAGAUUAAAAACAAAGACUGGAAGACCAGACUGGUGGUGCACAACCUGACAGAAGCUGAUGGAGGCUUGUAUUACUGCGGUGCGGUGUACGCCAUCAGCACCUCAAUGAGCCACGUGGAGCUGAAGGUCAUCAGUUUCUUUGAGCCUCUGAAGCCUUUCAUUGGCAUCAUGAUCGAAGUGGUCAUCCUGGUCGUCGCCAUUCUGCUCUACGAGAAAACUCAGGCCAAGAAAAACAAAACCACAGAGAAUGAGACGACUGACCAAACGAACACACUGACUCAGGGAGAAAAUAACGGACUGGAGGAAAGCUCUUCAGUGAGACAGCGGAAAGUUUAAAGACCUCAAAUCCAACAGAUCCAACAGAUCCAACAGAUCUAAGCUUCUCACAAACAUGUUUUCCUUAUUUACAAAUGUGAAGAAUUGAGCUCAUGAGCAAUAUCUCAGCAACUAUUUUAUGAGUGAGUUCACCAAACAAAGUGCAAUAACCACCACUCAAUAAUUAUUCCUUUAAUUACUACACAAAGUUUCACUGGAAGAUUUUUAUUUUCAGUCUGUCGUGACGGUUUAAAGAUUAAAGCAUUUACCUUCUGUGUUUAUAGCCUUGUGUGCACCCACUUCCUGUGGAAAAACUCACACACUCACUAUGCCUUUGACACCUUAUUCUCAAAAAGGAAGUGCGUUUUUUCAUUUUGGGUAAUAACUUGAACCUUAGCUCCUCUUUACUUCUGUUUUUUAUGCACCAUUGUUUGUGAGCAGUGCCUUACACUCCUAAGAAGCACUUAACUAACCUGUCAUACUGUGCUUGCAUCAACUUCCUGUCAUUUUUUUUAGUUUGUCUUUGCAGUAACGUGUGCCUAACCUGCUCUGUGUAGAGAUACAUCUUUAUAUAUGCAGAUGCUUGUGUGUCUUUUCCUGUUAAUGUAUCAGAUGAAGGUUGGAAGGGUCAUAUUUUCUUGUAAUCCGGUCUAUCUGUGUGUCUUAUGUCACUUAACCCUAACAGGUGUGUCACUCUGUGUGUAAACAACCAAAUUAAAACGACACAAACCACUGUCACUGCCUGGAAUAUCUGUCAAAGCUGUUGUGUUAGCUGAUAUAUAGUUAAAGAGGAAGUCCACCAAUUUCACACAUCAAAGUGUGUUGAUGGGAGUUGGGAAGAACUGCAAAUGUAAGAGUUGUGUAAGUGCUCCAGAGAGUUAAAGAAGAAGAGUACUUGGAAUAAAAGAUGUUGUCUCUG